AUGUUUCAUUGCGCCCUGGCGUGCCUCCGAAAUAAUUUGUGCCUCUCUUUAAACAUGGCCACCUCUCAUGGAACAGACGGAAAACUUUGGUGCGAAUUACUGUCUUCUGAUAAAAACAGAAACGCUGGGAACUACCACAAAAACACGAGUUCGCAUCAUUUUUAACUCGUGAAUUGCGCGCAUGCGCAAGAGCGAGUUAUAGAUACGGUGUGGGGAAUGGCAUUCGCUCGCUCGCUCGCUCGAUUGGUCGAUUCCUGUAAACUUUUUUUAGAUUUUAGGCUUUUGAGUGCAUUUGAUAGUUUUUGGCGAGCAAUAAACAGACGAAAUGGCGACCUUUGUUGCUAAGAAUAGUGGUGGGGUGAAAGAGAAGCCAAUGAUAAUCUUAAAAGAGUUUUUUUUUUUCAUUUUAGUUUCAACAAGCGGCGCCAGCGACUGGCAGGCAUGCAAGGAUUCACACUGAAAUAACAGAACAACCUUCGUUUUUCAUAAAAUUGUAAUUUACAAUCCUUGAACUUGAAAACAAUCCGAAGAUUCAUUGAAAAUAUCACUUACUGCGAAGUGCUCGGAGUUUACAGAUGUUCAAAAGCUUUUUCUGUUAUGGCGUGAGUUGAGGACAAAAUUGAUCAUUACGUUUCGUCGCGUGUGUUUUUCCUGUGUGAAUCAACAGAAGAUGCCGGCGACUGACGAAAUAACAAGUUAACACGAAAAUCAAAUAGCACCUAAACAAACAAUUUUAGCUACCGAUUUUCAGUGAAUUUUUAAAGAACAAUUUUCUUUUAAGUUUCAAGACAAUUUGAAGAUUCAACAUACAUACAACGUACUAAAAUGCGAAAGUUACACACCACAAAAUUGAUAAAUAGGCCUGAAAUGAAAUUCUAUCUUGUUAUUGAUUAUACGUUGCCUAGCACGUGACUUAAAUCUACCCAGGCGGAGAUCCAAAAUGACGGUGGCAGGCUUGGCUUAGUUAUAUCACUCAAAACUCGUUCCCGUUUGUCUCAUUUGAUAAAGAGGGAAUCGUUAAUGUUUUCAUUAAGACAGUAUUGCCUUGAUUUUCUAAUAUUUACAACGAAAGACAGUAAAUUUCACUUUUCACCCAUAUUUACUUCCAACCUUUUCUUUUGAACCAGAAACAAAAAUGAUAGACGUUUAAAACACAUGAUAUCAUCCACCUUGUCAAAUGUAAUAGCAUGAUCAUUUCAAUUGUAAUGCCUUCUUAUCCCAACGUUACUUUGUUUCUUUGCUACAUUAGCGAACACUGAACUACUGCUCGUACUCUAGAUAUGACAAUCAACCACAAAAUUCCCUAAACCAGAUAACAUUAAACAUAAUCUAAAAAAUCAUGUGUCAAUUCACGAGUUUGCUCACAGAGCACUUUGAUUUCAUUGUGCGGGUAAGAACACUUUAACCAUUGUGUUAUAAUUCUAACGCAAGGCAUUAACAAGUGAAUACAUAUAAAAGUACUCGCUCUCGACUAGGUAUGCUUAUUCACAGCUAUCGAAAGUACUGUUCAAGCAUUCACUGGGUGGUCUCAACAGUCAUUUCCUCUCUUUCAGUCUCCUUGUUCUUCAUCGCCGUGUCAAAACGGAGGAACCUGCAUCCCGAAUUUCAGCUCCAACACUAUUGACUGUCUUUGUAAAGAAAGUUUCUUUGGAGAAUUUUGCGAAAAAGGUAAUUCACGAAUAUGUUUGAAAUAUCCCACUGUCUCCCUCUUCCGUACUUUUUUAACAAUAGAAUACAUGCGGCUCUAACAUCACACUCUAUCUUUCAGCUGUAAAAUCAUGCAAGGAAAUAUAUGAGGCAAACAAGUAAGAGGCUUUCACUGCUUGCUCUUUUUAACAGAUCUUUUCUAAAAUCUUAUCUUCUGUGACACUGGAGACGCAGAGGUGGCCAGUUUGCUACAGCCACGUUGGAUCUUAAAAACAGAGUUCGGCGACACAUCAGUCAGGAAGUUUAAUAAGUACAAAUGAUAAAGAUUGGCAUCAUAAGAGAGUCAAAUACUUAUGUAACUACUCCACUUGUAUAUUAACAGAUCAAACGUGAGUAAAUUGGUUUCUCUUCAUCUGGGCUCACAGCUAACUACAGUUCUAUGUCACAUGGGAGAUUUUGGAUGCGGAGAUGGAGGAUGGACGCCAGUCAUGAAAAUUAACGGCAACAAGGUACCAUGCAGAAUCGAUUUUUUAUCGAUUGCGUGCCAUUAUCGACCACUUGAGACAUAUUUUUCCACAUGUGCUGACUGACUUAUUGACAACGAGGGCGACUUCCGCUCUCUGUUCAUGUCUCCGGCUGACAUCUCUUUGACUAAGUGGACAGAUACUAUAUGUCAAAUGGGUUGGGAGGGAGGAAUCGUCUCAAAUUGUCUAAAAACGAGCAGGAUAACACGGUGGAUAGUUAGAAAACCAGUAAUAAAUUUACAUCAUAUUAUAAAUUAUUCUCCCAGAGUACCUUUCACUAUGAUUCUGGUUACUGGAGUAAUAAAACUGAAUACAACACUGCUGGAGGGGAGACUGGAUUCGACUCACAAGAGACCAAGUUGCCUACUUACUGGAACACAUCCUUCUCCAAGAUCUGCCUCGGUAUGAAGAUCGGUGAACAGAUCAGAUUCAUUGUAAUCAAUAUGAAGGCCAGCUCUCUUUACUCACUGAUCGCUGACGGAAAAUACCGAAACACCUCGUGACUCGUGGAAGACACUCAUUGGCUCAGAGGCCUCCCUGCAGUCUCACUGUAACAAGGAAGGGUUUAAUGUUCUGUGUGGCAAGUCUCAAUUCUCCAAAGCGAGAAUCGGCAUCGUUACUAACAACCAGGAUAACUGCCUCUCUUGCAACUCCAGGAUUGGGUUUGGUGCAGGAGGGAAAUCUGAUGACAGUAACACAUGUGGAAACGAGGUUUUUCGUUUCACGGAUAAUGGAGAUAAACACAUUAAAGCCAGGGGUUACAUUUUGGUUUACUGAAACCAAAGAAAAACACGGA